UGUUAAUCUCAAAAAGAAACGAGGUGAAAGGUAUCCAACGUCUUUCUCUGUCAUUAUUACAGCUACUGCCGGAUGAUUUUUUUGUAAUUUCUGAUUACUUUUUUGUUUUCUAUUUUCUUGGAAUAUUUUCUGGAAGCACUUGGGGUUGAUUAAUUGAAUCAGUGUGAUAAUCCCAUCAAACUGACGAGACCACAGAGCUCCUCCAGAAUGGUUCCAUCUGUCACUAUCAGCUUCUCCUGUCAGAUCUCUGCUCGUGCUGUUAAUGAUUUGCUGUGGAUGUUGUACUUAGUACUUGAGCGUGGAGUUUGGAGUCUGCCCUCCCUUUGAUAAAACCUAAUCUGAGCAGCUUGCUGUCCUUUGUGGCUCUUUAGUGCCACAUCGGUUCUGUCACUUUGACUCCGCUGGCUGCAGAAACACACAUCAUGUCCACUCUUGUCGUCUUCUUGCUUUGCACCGCCUGCUGCUGCGUCUCAGCUUCUGCCAAAGGUGGUGCUGUCGGACUCAGGCUGAAUAACAACCAGCUGUACAAAUUCAGCUACUCCACUGAGGUGCUGGUGGACCGGGCCAGUGGGUCAAAAGAGGGCAGUGCUGGCUACAGGAUUCUAUCACACGUGGAUGUUAACCUUGUGUGGAGAGAUCCAAGCAGCAAAGACGACCAACUGAUUCAGCUGGUGAUAUCAAAUGUGGGGAUUGAACCUGUGGCACGACACUCGGAGAAAAAUAACUUCCUCCAUGGGUCCACAGCUGAAAGCCUCAUGGGGAAAACCAAACUAGCAGCUCUGACAAAACCUUUCUUCAUCAAUCUGAGGAAUGGAAAGGUGAAAGCAUUUUAUUCCUACUGGGUGGAGCCUGCAAUAAUCAAGAAUGUAAAAAGAGGUGUGGCCAGUUUGCUGCAGCUACAGCUCAAUACUGGGAAGGUUAUUGAGAACGAUGUCUCUGGAAGAUGCACAGUUGAGUACAAGGUGGUUAAAAGCCAAGUAACAAGAACCAAACAGCUGGACACAUGUAAGAACACAGAGACCAGCUUCACGACACAUAGUCAGGUCCUGGGUGUAAGCAGGAACUCCAGUUCUGUUACAGUCUUUACUCUUGAAGAUGGUUUCAUCCGGUCAGCUGUGGCUGAAGAAGUGUACACCCUCACCGUCAAUUCCCGGAGAUUUACUUCAUCAAAAGUCAUAUCCAGGCAGUCCUUCACUUUAGUAGGGACUGAGGUGGGACCUUUGGAGGCUCCUGGGAAAGAUGUUGGUGCCGUUGUCAAGUCUCUUGAUUCAAAACUGGCAGCUGUUGGUGUCAUAGCCGAGAAAGUCAAAUUCCAAUGCAAACGUUGUCCAUCACUUUUUGAACACUGGAAGACAGAACAGAAGCAGCUGGAGCCAUCCCGUCUGUCAAAGGCUACGGCUCCUCGCAGCUUCCUGGCCCUCAUCCAGAGUAUUCGGAAGGCAUCGAAGGAUGAGAUUUUCAAAGUGCUGAAGAGUGCCAGCAAGACAUCUCUACCUCAGCUUGUGGAUGCUGUGACCUCGGCUCAGACCUCUGCAUCUCUGGAUGCCAUGCUGAAAUUCCUGAACUUCACCGAUGCUAAAGGUGUGGUUCUGCAGGAGAGGUUUCUUUAUGCGUGCGGUUUUGCCUCACACCCCAAUGAACAAAUGCUGCAGGCUCUGCUGGACAUUUCAAAGGGAAAGUUUGGCAGCAUCGAUAUGAAAGAGUCAGUGGUGAUUAUUAUGGGAGCACUGGUCCAUAAGCUGUGUCAGAAAGGAGGAUGCAAUUCACCGACAGUGCUUCAAGUGAAGAAGUUGAUUUUAGAAGGUCCUGACAGAUCCCAAGUUGAAUCUGAGGUGCAGAUGUACCUCCUGGCUUUAAAGAACUCUCUGCUGCCUGAGGCCAUUCCCAUUUUUACAAAAUACGCAGAGUCAGAAGUGGGAUCCUACAGCACUAUCUCCCUUACUGCCCUGCAGAAAUACAAUGUCAGUGCCAUUACAGAUGAGGUUAAACGGACAGUUAGCAGAGUUUACCACCAGAACAGACGUAUCUAUGAGAAAAAUGUGAGGACUGCUGCUGCUGAUGUCAUUCUGAGUAGCAACCCGUCACACAUAGAGGUCAAGAAUCUGAUUUUGUCCAUUGGAAACCUACCUCAUGAAAUGAACAAAUAUAUGGUGUCUAAGAUCCAGGACAUCCUCCACUUCCAGCUCCCUGCCAGUAAAAUUAUCAGACAUGUUAUGAAGGACAUGUUUUCCCAUAACUACGACCGUUUUGCAAAAACUGGGUCAUCAUCUGCAUUCUCGGGAUUCAUGGCAAAAUCUGCUGAUGUCACCUCCACGUACAGUUUGGACAUCCUGUAUUCAGGAUCUGGGAUCUUGCGGAGAAGCAACAUGAAUAUUUUUGGUGCUAGUAACGGAGCAAUGCUACAUGGACUCCAGGUGGCAAUCGAGGCACAAGGCCUGGAGUCUUUAAUUGCUGGUACCCCUGAUGAAGGAGAGGAAGACUUGGAGUCCUUUGCUGGGAUGUCGGCUCUGCUGUUUGAUGUCCAGCUGAGGCCUGUUACCUUCUUCAAGGGUUACAGUGACCUCAUGGCCAAGAUGUUUUCCAUGACUGGAGAACCCAUGAAUGUAGUGAAGGGUCUCAUCUUGUUGAUGGAUCAUUCUGAGGUCAUCCAGCUGCAGUCAGGUCUGAAGGUGAGUGCAGAGUUUCAAGGAGGGUUAGCCAUCGACAUAUCUGGAGGCAUGGAGAUCAGUCUGUGGUACAGGGAGUCCAAGACCAGCGUCAACAACAGGGCAGCAUUAGUGGUCUCGGGUAAUGUUACCGUGGACAUGGACUUUGUCAGAGCAGGUAUGGAGGUCAGCUUUGAAACGGAGGCAUCACUGGACUUCAUCACGACAGUACAGUUCUCAGAAUAUCCAUUUCUGGUGUGCAUGCAGAUGGACAAAAGUACAUUCCCCAUCAGUGAAUACCUCAUGAAGUAUGAGAGCGCGUUAUCGGGAAAAAGCACAGAGUCACGUAAGGGCAGGAAGCAACUUGUCCCUGGUUCUGAAUUCCCGCUUCACCAGGAGAAUUCCAACAUGUGCAAGAAGGUUUUCGAGUCCACCUGGUAGACAAAAUGAACUAUGUAGGAGAGAAAGCAGGUUUUACAGCAACUCGGUAUUUUGUUCAGGAAUACAUAUUAUCUAACAGUGGAAAAUCCAGAGCUGAUUUUUUUUUAACACAUUCCUUGUUUACAUUGUGUUUUGAAAUUGGGAUUCUUGCAUUGUUUUCUUGUAAAAAUUUAUUUAUAACGUCUACUUACUUGUAUAGUAUACUUGUUAUAUUAGAUGGUUAUUACUCAGUAUGAAUAACUACUGUAAUGUUUCCAUUGGAGUUACAGUAAAGAUGCAAUUAUCAUGCUAUAACAAUGGAUUAACAUUCCCCAAUAGAAAAGUUCAUAUCUUCUAACAUUUCUUCACUUACCUUUCUCCCGUAAAUAACAGGGUUUUAAAACAGUUUUUUAAGUUAGUGACAUAACAGUAUGUAGCUUUCAUACUUUACAAAAAUGUCAACUGAUACAGUGUGUGAUUUACUCUAUAGAGUAUCGCUAGUGCCACAGUUAAGCUAGGCUAUGUUGGGCACAUUGUUGCAGCUAACUGGAGCUAGCAAAAUAUGUUCAACAUUAUUUCUAUUUCCAUGUUAGCCUGUUCAUUAAAACUAAUAAAACUGAUGUCCAAGACCAAAAUUUAUAAUGUACAUAGUACAAUAUUUACCUCCUCUGAAUGGAAACAGGGAGAAUGUGCCACAUUUUACUUUAACUGCCUGCAGCUGGAACAUUUCUUCCCACCAUUUAAAGAUAAUCAGAGUAAGACUAUGCGCCAGUUUAUUGUGAAGAGAAAAUAUUUUAUAAAUUGUGAUCUUGCAAGAUUUGUAGUAAAAUUGUCUGCAUAAUAGAAAUUGUUAUUGAAAGUUGAAUUUACUUUUGCAUGUGGCAAUAAUUGCUGUAAACAUCAUUGGGUUUGUGUUUCCAUAUUGGGAGACCAGUGUGAUAGAUUUGUAAUUGUCCAGUAAUAAAUGUGCACUGGAGACA